AUGUCGCCCCGCCUGCUACACCCGGAUGAGUACGAGCUCGGCUCGCGGUCGUCAGCCGAAUCCGAUGGCUCCUUCAACCUUGACGAUGAUGAUUUUGAGUCGCAGAUUCCUCUCACAUCCAGGCUAGGCGCACGGCGACUACCUUGGUUAUCUCGACUGUUCUCUUCGUCCGGGUACCGACGCUUGAAGUCCAAUACCCGUCCCAUCCUCGUCCGCUCCACGCGCCCGACUUGCGCGCGACGCUGUCUCCCCCGCCGCCGAUGCUGUCACCUCCACGUUAUUUUUGGGAUCGUGUUCGUCCUGGUGGUAUUUGCUUCCAUCUUUACGCCGUCAUAUACCAACCCGCCCGCGCAUUACGCCACUCUGCGGAAGUCAGCGUUGGAUGGGAACGUCGCCGGCAGAGGCAACCCGCACCACAGGAAAGUGUUCAUUGCAGCAAGUCUAUACGACCGCGGUGGUGAACUCGCACGGGGGCAAUGGGGAACACAGCUGCUCCAACUGAUUGACCUCCUGGGAGGCAAGAAUGUGUUUGUAAGCAUAUACGAGAAUGACAGCGGAGAAGAAGGCCAGGCUGCGUUGCGAGAGCUGGAGCAACAGAUCCCCAGUGCCAAGGCGAUCGUGUUUGAAGAACAUCUAGACCUCAAGAAAAUACCGUCCGUGGUUAUUCCGGGCGGAGAGACUCGUGUGAAGCGCAUCGAGUAUCUGGCGGAGCUUAGAAAUCGAGCGCUACAACCACUGAAUGACCACCCCGAGAUUCGAUACGACAAACUUCUUUACCUGAAUGAUAUCCUCUUCGACCCUAUAGAUGCGCUGCAACUGCUGUUCUCCACCAAUGUCGAUGAGCAAGGCGAGGCUCAGUAUCGUGCCGCCUGCGCCGUUGACUUCGACAACCCCUUUAAAUUCUACGACACCUAUGCCACGCGCGAUCUUGAGGGGUACUCGAUGGGAUUACCAUUCUUCCCCUGGUUUUCCACCGCUGGAAACCAUGAGAGUCGAAAAGACGUGCUGCAGGGCAAAGAUGCGGUUCGAGUCCGUAGCUGCUGGGGCGGCAUGGUCGCCUUUGACGCCAAAUAUUUCCAAGAUCCGCUGCCUGGAGGCACCACCCCGGCGCGUUUCCGCUCUGGACCCGAUCUCUUCUGGGAAGGAUCCGAGUGUUGCCUUAUUCAUGCGGAUAUCCAAGAUCCUCGGACUGGGGAAGACGACGCCACCGAGACGGGCAUCUACAUGAAUCCGUACGUGCGGACUGCGUAUGAUGCCCGAACUCUGUCGUGGCUGGGGAUCACCCGUCGAUGGGAGCGGUUGUACUCGCUCAUCCACAAUAUUGGCAAUCAUCUCGUCGGUCUGCCGUGGUAUAAUCCCCGUCGUACCGAGACGCCUGGUCAGCGCGUGCAGGAGACGGUAUGGGUCCCCAACGGCAGCCAGGAUGGCGGGGGCUCCUUCCAGACUGUCGACCGCACUGCUGGCAAUGAUGGUUACUGUGGGCGACGAGGCUUGCAGGUUAUUGUGGAAAACCGCAAACCUGGGCAAAAAGGGUACGAAGAGGUCCCUGCGCCUUCGCAAUAA